AGCAACAGAUGUUUAUAAAUUUUCUCAAGAAAAUGGAAAAAUUUGGAUAAUGUACGGAGGAAUUAACCAACCAUGGCAGCAACGAUUCCUUUCUCUCUCUUUAGAAACUGUUCCACAUUCAGAUUAGCUACACCUUUCGCUCUCAAUCCCUCCACCUUUAAUCUUCUUCUUCCUCAUCAACCGCCCAGGACCAGGUUGGUUUUUAGUAGUAGUGCUACAAACAAUGAAGAGGCUGCUGCAGCAAAAGCAGCUGCUGUUAAUUUUGAUAGUGAAGCUCCUACAAUAUUUGAUAAGAUCAUAAAAAAGGAAAUCCCAUCAAGCAUUGUAUACGAAGAUGAAAAGGUUCUAGCAUUUCGAGAUAUUAAUCCACAGGCUCCAGUUCAUGUUCUAGUCAUUCCUAAAUUUAGAGAUGGAUUAACACAACUUGGCAAGGCUGAAGGUAGACAUGGGGAAAUAUUGGGUCAACUUCUCUAUGCUGCUAAAAUUGUGGCUGAAAAAGAAGGUAUACUUGAUGGAUUCCGUGUCGUCAUCAACAAUGGUCCCAGUGCCUGUCAAUCUGUGUACCAUCUACACUUGCAUGUACUAGGUGGAAGACAGAUGAAUUGGCCACCAGGUUGAAGUUGAAAGUUAAUUCUUGUUAAACUUAUUGGCUUCAACACCUUAUAUUUACCAUUUUCCCAUUUUAUUACUGCCCAUUUUCUGAUGAAUAUCUCAUGUAUAACUUUUCAAUAAUUGUAAUAUGGAGACCUACAUAUAAAUAAUCUAGCUACAAGGGAUCGUUCAGUUUGGUUUUAUGAUUAUCCGUAGGAGCUUUUCUUAAUUGAAUAGAGGGUGAAAUGCUCGUGUUACAAAGAAAACCUAAAUGGAGCAGAAUAUCUGGUCAUCUUGCCUCUGAAUACUAUUUCAACUCUUUUGGUGAUUUCAUGCUUAAUAAUACAAUAGGUGAUUAUCUAUACUAUUUUAUUGAUCAUUUAGUUAUGUCAAGAAUAUAGUUAUUAAU